UGCGGAGUCGCAAACCUUCAGAUCAGGACCGCAGACUAGGCAUGAUCCAAAGGAUAGGGGCGAUAUGAUGACCACAAGACUGAAACAGAAAUUCCUUGAAGGAAACAAAGGCGGAUGAAAUCAUGGAUAACCUGCAACAACUUCAAAAUCACGUUAGUGCUGAAAACUCCAGCAAGACAAUCGCGAGGAAUGAACUGGCGCCGCAUUCACCUUGGGGUCCAAUGACUAUCAUCAUAGCGAGUUUCCUCGUCAUGGUCAUAUGCCUUGCCACAGUUGGUAACCUUGUGGUAUGUCGACUUGUCUGGGUUUGUCGGCGCAUGCAGAUCCCGUCACUGUACUUUGUGGCUAGCAUGUCAUUUUCUGAUUUCCUCACGGGUUUGCUGGUUUUGCCGCUAAGUUUGGGCUACCACAUUAGUUAUCAGAAUACAGGUCGAUGGACUUUUGGUCGAUUCACCUGCGACCUCUAUUUAUUCCUGAACUUUAUUCUGUGCAGCGCCUCCAUAUACAACUUGUGUGUGGUCAGCGGAGACAGAUACUUGGCUGUGACUUCACCACUAAAUUAUCUGUCACGCAUGAACGAAAGCAGAGUCAAGCAAAUUAUCGGAGUGUCCUGGUUUUGCGCGCUGCUACUAGCCGGCUUCGUCACGUACGGCACGCAUGCUUCCAAGGAAAACGGCGUCAACUGUUCGAUCUGGGGUUUGCGAUAUGAGUACUCUGUUUUUGUACUUGUGAUAGCUUAUAUUCUACCGGUAUUUUUUCUCGUAUUCGUGAAUAUGAAGGUGUUUCUCAUUGCGCAUGCUCAUAUGACCAGAAUACACGUGCAAGAGACAUCGCUGGCUCCUGUUUCGACGUUUACGGAGAACGCGCUGAGUCCAGAAGGAGCACCUAAGAAAACUAGUCAAAGAGCACGACUGAAACGGGAGAUCAAAAUAUUCAAAACGUUUCUCAUUGUCACAUGUACUUUUCUGAUUUCCUGGACACCAUUUGUCGUGAUUCUCUUAACAGAUUCAAUCUCACCUGUUCCGGGUCUUGUCAGACACUCCUCUAUCAUCCUUUUAUACUGCAACAGUGCACUUAAUCCAUUCAUAUACGGCUUUUUUAAUUCCGAGAUAAGGAAGGCAUUGUCCGAGACUUUUAACUGUAAAUGUAUUCUACCUUUUGAGAGAUAGUGGCAGAGCGGAGUCGGCCUUGAGCUGGAGACUUUAUAAAGACCAUUUUGGAGCUUUUUACAGCUUAAAAAAAAGGGGAAUAGUGGCAUUUUCACAGUGCUGCCUCAGUUCCGAGUUCAGGUAUCUACAGCGACAAAGGGCAACAAAAAUACAAGAGCCUCUUCGGUUUAGCCUUUGAAACAGGUUUCGAUCGAAUGAGCAAUGAAACAGUUACAACACCUACAGUUCAUCAGUGGUCUAUUUUCUACGUGGCACCAUAGAUAAUAACUCGCGUUAUAUUUACUUGAUCUACUGGUAGAUGAUAGAGACACCUUAGAAAUAAUUGUUUUUCAAAGACAGUUCAUGCUGUAAAUAAAUUAAAACUUGUUUGGAACAUAUUCA